GACAACUACGUCGCGGUAUAUAAGUGUGUGCAAACCGUAAGUCUGCAUAGAGUAACUGUUAUUUCCAUUCAGUUGUCAAUUCCCGGAAACUGCGCCUUAUAUCCGGAGAGCGAUGCCGUCUCGUUUAAAAGUGUGAAAUAUAACGCGUGAUUUUAAAGCACAACAAUCAACUGACGGAAGGACGAUCCUACAUUCAGAAAUCUCAACAUGAUGUGGCUAUUGGCUCUCGCCGUCCUUGCGACUGCAGCCUAUGCACAAGAUGCCCGGAAGCGAGUAUGCUAUUAUUCCAACUGGUCCCAGUACCGGCCCGGUAUCGGCAAAUACACGCCGGGAAACAUCGACGCGUUCCUGUGCACGCAUCUGAUCUACUCGUUCGCCAAACUGGACAACAACAAGAUCGCCAUGUAUGAGUGGAACGAUGAUCAGUUGUAUACACAGUUCAACAAUCUCAAGAAAGUAAACCCGAAUCUGAAGACUCUUUUGGCUAUCGGAGGAUGGAAUGCCGGAAGUACUGUGUUCUCGAACCUCGUGGCCGAUUCUGCCCUACGGAAACAGUUUGCUGUGCACGCGACGUCGUUCCUGAGACAGUGGGGAUUUGACGGCCUCGAUCUCGACUGGGAGUACCCGGCCAACAGGGGAGGCCCGCCUGCAGACAAGGUCAACUUCAUCAGCUGGAUCAAGGACAUUCUCGCGGAGUUCAAUGCUGACGCCGCUCAGUCGGGAAGGCCGCGUCUUCUUCUUACCGCCGCCGUCGGCGCCGGGAAGGCGACCAUCGACCCAGCGUACGACAUCCCGGAAAUGGCGAGGUUGCUGGAUUUUAUCAACCUGAUGUCGUACGACCUGCAUGGCGCCUGGGAGACGUUCACUGGACACAACGCUCCCCUGUAUGCCCGGGCUGACGAGAGCGGGGAACAGGCGCAACUCAACUUGGAUUGGGCGGCCCGCUACUGGGUACAGAAAGGUUGCCCAAAGUCCAAGCUCAUCAUCGGUCUGGCGACGUACGGGCGUUCCUUCCGACUGAGCAAUCAGGCCAAUUACGGCAUGGGAGCCCCUACCACCGAUCCUGCGCCGACCGGACCUUAUACUAUGGAGGCCGGCUUCCUCGCUUAUUACGAGGUGUGCUUAAUGUUGCAAAACGGCGCAGUGCGUCACUGGCAUUCGGAACACCUUGUACCAUACGCCACACAAGGAAGCACGUGGGUAGGCUAUGAUGACAAACAGAGCUUCAUUAUAAAGCUGGAGUACAUCCGCGAACAAGGCUAUGGCGGCGCAAUGAUCUGGAACAUGGACCUUGACGACUUCCAGCAGACGUGCAGCUCCUCCGACCGCCCGUAUCCGCUGAUGUCCCUGAUGGAGGAGGUACUUGGCGGCUACAGUCCACCAUCAACCGUGUCGCCUACUACAGCGCCUACCACACGCCCGGGCGAGACGACCACGGCUACACGCCCGCCAUCAACCACAGUUUCCACUGGUGCCCCAACUGCGGCUCCUACCGCGGGACCAGGUGGAGAUUGUAGCGGGGUGAAUGACGGUUACUACCCGCAUCCUACCGACUGCUCACGUUACAUCCGUUGCGUAUGGGGUGUGGCCCAUGUUCAUCAGUGUGCCGCCGGUCUGUUGUGGAGCCAGCAGAGGCAGUACUGCGAUUGGGCGUCCAACGUUGAGUGCAAUACUCAAACAACCCAAGGACCAUCAACAUCUACGACGCAAAAACCCACAACGCAAGCGCCCACGACACAGAAACCCACAACGCAAGCGCCCACGACACAGAAACCGACAACGCAAGCGCCCACGACACAGAAAACGACGACGGUGAAGCCCACAACUGGCCCAACUGAACUGCCCGCAGAUUUCUGCGCCAACAAGGCCGAUGGCAUUUACCAACACCCAGGUGACUGCAUCGCAUUUGUGAACUGCCACGCGGGAGUCAACCGCGUGAUGUUCUGUGCGACCGGUCUUUUGUUCAAUCCAGCAAUCAACAACUGCGACUGGGCUUCAAACGUGGACUGCUCGGCCAAGACGGAACCCAGAGUAAUGUCCUUCUGCCAAAACAAGCGCGAAGGUUUGUAUGAAGACCCGCACAACUGUGCGAAGUACUACAAAUGCGCACAUGGGCGGACCGAACUACACACAUGUCCGACUGGAACGAAAUGGAGCACCACUAUUGGCUUAUGUGACUGGACGGUCAAUGUUAAUUGCGGUUCCAGGCCAUAAGCGCUCGAUGACGACAACCCGGACAACAUCUGUGCUGGAGCUGCGGACGGCUUUUACCCAUCACAAUCUAGUUGUCACGACUACUACCAGUGCCAUGGCAACGCGCUCUUCACCAACAGCUGUGGAAACUUUCUUUAUUUUAAUUCAAUAUAUAAAGUUUGCGAUUGGCCGUCAAAUGUUAGAUGCACUGUUAAUAUGAUGAAAAUGAGCCAUUAAACUUAAUUUUAUGCUAGUAAAAAAAUAAUAAUAACUUGUAAAUCCACUGGCAAACACUUGAAUGCGUUCUGUUGAAAGUAUGCUUAUAAAAUUAAUAUUACAUAUUUAACCUGUAUAUCUGUGUGUACAUGUGCGUAUUACGAAACAAUGUAGCUCUUGCUUUUACUGUUGUUUUUAGGGAUGCAACGUGUAGCGAUUUUCUCUCGGUUUGGGUAUGGUCGGGUAUUUUCGGGUCGGAUAGUUAAAUAUAUAAGUAUAUUACAACUUUCACUUCCAUUUCAAGAUUAUUAAUAAAUCUACAACACACACGUUCAGAGUGAUUGUACCUCUUAUAUCUAUUUAAAAGAUCUUAGCUUUGUUAUUCGACUUUAUAUGUUGUGAGUUUUAUAUAAGAUUGUUAAUUUCGUACCAAAUAGUUGUUUCUCAUGCAAAAGUUUUAAAGCUGUUCAGUUAUAUGUGUCAACCUUUGGCAUAAAACGAUUAACCCAUUUAUGCCUAGUGGAAUCUCCCAUCCUUCUAAAUUGGAUAAAUUUAUUUCCCGAAUAAGGGAUGUCUAGUAUAUUUAUUUCUAUAUUUAGAAUAUUUCUUACAGAAAUUCCUUUAAGCAAACAGCUUCUACGCUGUUUGUAAUGGCCUAUAUUUUCUAGACGCUAUGGGUUAAAAAAUAAGUGUAAAAAGUAAUUAAAACAUUAUAUUGACAAUACCAAAAAAGGAAAGAAAACAACACAACUGAUUUCAAGUUUCCAUAAAACAUACAGUAUCAAAGUAAAACUGAAACAAGCUGAGAUAAUUAUUCGUUCUGCCAAUUAUGACUUUGUACUCAUGUCUUAAUUAAACUGUUUAGGAGAAGCAAUCAAAAAAAUGUCUCAAGCGCAUAAUAGUGCUUGAACAUCACUUAGUUUUCAUAAAGAUUAGAACGGUUCGUCCGUCCCCAUUUCGUUUGUUUUGACAGGAAUUUAUCUAUUUAUUCAUGCGUAAAAACGGCAAUUUAAACAUUUAAAAUUAAUAAUGGAAAUUAAUAACAAAAUCUAUUUUUUAAACCUGUUUGUAGGCCUUUGAUAAAACAUAUUUUGAUUUUUACGUAACCAUGUUUACAUUACUGAUUUUAAAACACUAUUGGCGUGUAUUUACGGCAACCCGUUAUUGACAGAACAAAUAAUUCAAUUUUAUUCAUUGUACGUGAGCGUAAAAUUUAUAAGAAUAAACAUUAUGCUGCAGUAAAUAUUGAAAAUAAGCAUCAUUUUUACAUACUUGACCCUAUUCGAAUUUUACGAGUGGAAACCGAAAUCAACCAUUUCAUUGUAACCGUACUUCAAAAUGUUUGGUAAGAUUUUCGGCUACACGUUGCAUCCCUACUUAUUUUAUGUUACACACGCAGCAAGAAAAUGUAUUAUUCCAGUCCAUAUCCGGGUUGUAAUAAAAUAAUUAAAAAACAUG